AAAAACAUUUAAAUGGCAACCAAAACCUUCCGCAAAGAGGAGAUCCGACGUGCUGUCUACGGCACUUGCUUGGUGGAUGCGCCCGUGGGCGGGUGCAGCGUGGAGGCCGCGCCCAUCCGGGUGACAGUCAGCGUCCGCCGGCGCCGCGGGUGCUGGGGGAGGCUGGCCUGAGCCUGGAGGGAGGCGGCCGCGUUUUCCUUCGUCGACAGGCCGCGGGCCCCCUUCUUAUCCAACGCCUUCCUGGACCUGGAGCACGUCUUCCGGUACAGCAGCGAGGCGGACGCGGACGCAGCGCAAGUUAAGAUCUGUCUGACGCUCCUUAGCGGCCAGACGCGCGUGGCCAAAGUGGGCCUGGAAGACUUCCUGGGCCAGCUGAUGCAGAGCGGCCGCCCAGAGUGCUUCACCCUGUAUGUCUACGAGGGGAAGGUCGCCCUGCUGCAGACCCGCCAGCCAUCUCCGGAGGUUCUGACGGAGUGGCUGUUUGACGGGAAGGGAAAUGACGCCCACAAAGGGUCAUCUUACAAGGACCGUGCCUGCUAUGACCCCGAGGUCACUGUGAUAGACAAGUGCCAAGAAAAGAUGGACCCCAGCGACUCAGAUGUGAGUGCAUGGGAAACUCCCGAAGAAGACUCAGAUGUGAGUGCAUGGGAAACCCCCGAAGAAGACUCAGAUGUGAGUGCAUGGGAAACCCCCGAAGAAGACUCAGAUGUGAGUGCAUGGGAAACCCCCGAAGAAGACUCAGAUGUGAGUGCAUGGGAAACCCCCGAAGAAGACUCAGAUGAGAGUAAAGAUAACUCAGGCGAGGAGAGUGGACUUGACACUGCUGAAGACACAGAUAGGGAAAGUGGAUGGGAGUCUGACGAUGAAGACUCAGAGGAGAGGGUGGCUGACGAGGACACGGAGGAGAGUGGAGGGGAGGCUGAUGACAGCACAGAAGAGGAGACUAGAUGGGAGUCUGAGGACGAAGACUCCGAAGAGGAGAGUGAACGGGAGACUCCCGGAGACUCGGAUGAGAGUGGAUGGGAGACUCUUGAAGAAGACGCAGAGGAGGAGGCUGGGCGGGGCAAUGCUGAAGGCACAGAGGAGCGUGGCGGCGGCCGCAGCUUCCAGGCGAGGCGGUGGGCGGCGUGGCGGCACAACCGCCUCGCCCUGCUCCUGGCCGCCGGUGCGGUCUUGGUCUCGUGGGUGCCACUCGUUGACCCUGACGAGUGGCGGUGGGGCGGCGGCGGCGGGGGGCCCCAAGACUGUGUUACUGUUGCAUUUCUCAUUCUUAUUUACAACUCUUAUCUAUUAUCCUACCGUCAUUCCCUGCAGCACCUUCUCCCCGCGCUGAGCUCAGGUGACGCGGACAGGUCAGCUAUACAUUAG